UCUGCGCACACGGAGCUCUCCUCGGUGCUGAAAGCUAAAAUCUCUUCACGUAUCAAAACAACGAUGCUGCCCAAAUUGACUGUCAAUAAACAGUAAAAUGGACGAUGACCUUUUCCAACUUCGUCAGCUACCAGUUGUUCGAUUUCGUCACACAGGGGACAGUACACGCUCUGAAGAUGAAGCUGAGAAGCAAGAGCAGGUUGUUCAGAUUGCUGAGCAAACCACUUUUGAGUCUGUGGCAUGUACAGAAGGACCUCCAGUUCCAAGGGAAUUUGCCAACCCAACUGAUGAUACAUUCAUGGUGGAAGAUGCAGUAGAGGCCAUUGGGUUUGGGACAUUUCAAUGGAAACUUUCUAUUUUGACAGGGCUUUCAUGGAUGGCUGAUGCUAUGGAGAUGAUGAUCCUUAGCAUCCUGGCCCCACAACUUCACUGUGAGUGGAGGCUUCCUAGCCUUGAAGUGGCAUUACUCACAUCGGCUGUCUUUAUCGGAAUGAUGACAAGUUCUUCGCUUUGGGGAAACAUAUCAGACAAAUAUGGCAGAAAGACAGGUCUUACAAUGAGUGUCCUGUGGACUUUGUUUUAUGGUCUGAUGAGUGCAUUUGCACCCGUUUAUUCCUGGAUUUUAUUCCUUCGGGCCUUGGUGGGCUUUGGAAUUGGAGGUGCCCCACAGUCAGUGACUCUCUAUGCUGAAUUUCUGCCCAUGAAAUCACGGGCAACAUGCAUUCUAUUAAUUGAGAUAUUUUGGGCAUUAGGAACUGUAUUUGAAGUGCUUUUGGCCAUCUUGGUAAUGCCUACUCUCGGCUGGCGGUGGCUCCUUGGAUUUUCUACCAUACCCCUCUUUAUUUUUGCUUUUCUUUGUUUUUGGUUACCCGAGAGUGCUCGAUAUGAUGUCCUAACAGGGAAUCAAGAAAAGGCCCUGGCCACACUAAAACGUAUUGCCACAGAAAAUGGAGUACCAAUGCCACUGGGAAAACUAAUAGCUGCCAGACAGGAGCAUCGAGGGAAGUUUCUUGAUCUAUUUUCAACACACUUUCGCUGGACCACAGUUCUACUUUGGUUUAUUUGGUUUGCCAAUGCCUUCUCCUACUAUGGACUGGUGCUGCUCACCACAGAGCUGUUUCAGGAGGGCGGUGCAUGUGGAAUGUCAAAAAGUAAUAAAAUUGAGCUAAGGUGUAGUCUGGAGUGUAAAUAUCUGAAUUCAGAUGAUUAUAAAGACCUCUUGUGGACAACACUGUCUGAAUUUCCAGGACUGCUGGUCACACUGUGGGCUAUUGACCGACUGGGAAGAAGAAAAACUAUGGCGCUGUGCUUCUUCAUAUUCUCUCUUUGUAUUGUUCCUCUUUAUGGAUGUGUGGGGAGGACCUCCAUGACUGUGUUGAUCUUCAUUGCCAGAGCAUUUAUCUCUGGGGGGUUCCAGGCUGCUUAUGUGUAUACUCCAGAGGUGUAUCCAACAGCGACCAGGGCCUUGGGACUUGGAACAAGUAGUGGAAUGGCCAGAGUUGGAGCUCUCAUUACACCCUUUGUUGCUCAGGUGAUGUUAGAGUCUUCUGUGUACCUAGCUCUAUCAGUAUACUGCUGCUGCUGCCUUUUUGCUGCAAUAGCCUCCUGUGCUUUGCCAAUUGAGACGACAGGCAGGGGCCUUCAAGAGUCCAGCCAACACGAGUGGGGUCAGGAGAUGACAGGUUGCGCUGCCCCCCACAGUCCAGGAGCAGUACCUCAACCCAGUGCAGACUGCCAAGAAUAA